GGACUGGGUCGUUACUGGUGGGAGGCGGAAUAAAACCCAAUAACUGUCCAGUUUGAUUUAGUAGUUUACUCCUCGGGUACGUGUGAAGUCCUCACUGUAUGACGUUCAUGCUAUAAGCAGUGAGCUUCACCUCGAUGCCACAUUCACCUUCCCUGCGGUUAUAAAGCCCGGUUUGGCGCGACUGACGCCAUUUUUAUCCCGACCCGAUCCGGAGCCAUGGCCAUGCUCAGAGUGUCUUCGUACCGCCGGCUGUUUGACGACGACGGGCGGAGUCCUAACGGAGGGCCGAGGCUGCGCCAGGCCUCCGCCAGGUGUGCCUCUGCAGACCAAUGUGGCUGUGAUAAGAUAGACUUUGUUGCAGCCAAAGCUCUGAACAAAGUGGGUCUGGACCGGUUCGUCCAGGAGCGGACCACCAUGGCUGCCCUCAACGACCGGCUGGUCAAACUCAUUGAGUUGGCUCACUGUUUGGAAGAGGAGAACGGCUCUCUUGAAUGUCAGAUCUCUGAUCUGGAGGAGAAUCUGAACGGUCGACCCGGCUCCACCGAAAUCACCUGCAUUGCAGCGAAACCGAAGUUCAGUUUGGAGGCAGCGGUGGAAAAACUGCGCAGGCAGAGGGAUGAGAUUAUUUGUGACACAGAGGAGCUGAAGGAAGAGCUUGAAUGUCUCCAGAAGGAGUUUAAGAAAGCUGCACAUCAGAGGAUCGUCGUCCAACAGGGACAACAAGAUGCUGCUGAGGCGGUCGAUGCUGUGACUGCAGAGUGUUUGGCUCUGAGGGACCAGGUGGCCGUCUAUGAAGAACAGCUGGCCAACAUGGAGACCCAACACAAGACGGAGGUCCAGAGCCAGCUGCAGCCAGAUGAAAAGGCGCUGGCUGCAGCUGCGAUCAGGUUUGGCAGCCCUGACAUCACCGCAGCCCUGGAAGUGAAGGAGUACCACCGCCAGCUGGCCGAGAGCCUCCAGCUGGAGUUUGAUGCGCUCUCCUCUGGCAAAGGCGAUGGAAAGAAACUGGGAGCGAGAGGAACUGGUGGGUCAAUGGUCAAAGACCCAACAGAGAUAACUGAUGUGGACGAGAUGAAGACUCUGAUUUCGGAGUUGCAGAAGGAACUCGAUGAUCUGGAAAAGAGUAACGAGGAGCUGUUGGAUGAAGUUGAGGUGAAAGGGGCUGCGUACAAGGAUGAGGUUGAAGAGUUGGAGUUUACUAUAACAGAAAUGAAGCAGCAGGAGGUUGACUUCAAAUCCCAGAUGAAAGAGCAGUGUGAGGAAUACAGGGAGCUGCUCAGUCAGAAGAUGGCAAGAGACAUGGAGAUUGCAGCUUACAGGAGUCUGGUGGAGGAAGAGGAGGUGAGACUCUGCAUUCUGUGACUCGGCUCGAUCCGAUGGACCUCUGCUGGAUUCUCCCCUGAUGCACAGAUUGAAAAACGUACCAGAAAACUCGACAAACGACCCAGAAUGAGCACUUUGAUGAAGUUUAAGCGUAGCAGCUCUAGCCGCUGACAGAUUAAUGCCACCCAGAGGCCUCAGAGGCUCUAAUAAUCCUUAAAGUGGGUUUUAUCUCUGAUUCACACACGUUUUGUUCCCUCCUUGUCAAACAAGGUUCAAAUCUAAAGGGGCAGUAUUGUGUAAAAUCUUUUUUUUAUGUCUUUAUAUAAUUUUAGAAUGUUAUUCCCUCAUCA